AGCUAAUGAUACAGCAUUAUUUAUUAUUUCGGUUGUGUAAGUUGGAAACCAGAGAGUGUUUGCCGCCAAUUAUCAAAUGACUACCCGUGGCAGCGUUAAAUGUCUGUGAUGUUGAUGUUUUGAUAAAGAAUUGUUCCUGUUCCUGCAAGGCGUCAACACUACUGAGAGGGUUACGCUGUAGUUUCCUUCGCAAGUGCAUAUAGUGGACUAGGUGUGUUGAGCAGACAGCCCCUAAUUUGAUUAUUAUGAAUUCCAGACAUUACAUGAUAUUGAUACAUUUAACAUAGCUGUCACUUUUUGAAAACCGUUACAAUGGUACCAGUAAGCUCGGGGCAAAAUAUUUCACAAACUGGAGUCAACAAUACGACUACUCCAGGAACUCCUAAUAAUCCAACAGGAGGAUCUGCUAAAGCAAGUUCUGGAGUAAAACCUAACUAUGCACUAAAGUUCACUCUUGCUGGUCAUACAAAGGCAGUAUCUGCUGUAAAAUUCAGCCCAAAUGGUGAAUGGCUUGCAAGUUCAUCUGCUGAUAAAUUAAUCAAAAUCUGGGGAGCAUAUGAUGGAAAGUUUGAAAAGACAAUUUCAGGACAUAAAUUGGGUAUAUCAGAUGUAUCGUGGUCUAGUGAUAGCAGGUUAUUAGUAAGUGCUUCUGAUGAUAAAACAUUAAAAAUUUGGGAACUGAGUUCAGGAAAGUGUUUGAAAACGCUAAAAGGUCAUAGUAAUUAUGUUUUUUGCUGUAACUUCAAUCCUCAGUCUAACCUAAUUGUUUCUGGCUCAUUUGAUGAGAGUGUUCGCAUCUGGGAUGUAAGAACUGGAAAGUGUUUAAAGACAUUGCCUGCUCAUUCAGAUCCAGUGAGUGCUGUUCAUUUUAACAGAGAUGGUUCCCUAAUUGUGUCCAGCAGCUAUGAUGGCCUCUGCAGAAUAUGGGAUACUGCAUCAGGUCAGUGCCUGAAAACACUGAUAGAUGAUGACAAUCCUCCAGUGUCAUUUGUUAAAUUUUCUCCAAAUGGCAAAUACAUCCUUGCAGCUACAUUGGAUAACACAUUGAAGCUUUGGGACUAUAGCAAAGGAAAAUGUUUGAAAACAUACACAGGACAUCGUAAUGAAAAAUAUUGUAUAUUUGCUAAUUUUUCUGUAACUGGUGGUAAAUGGAUUGUUUCUGGUUCAGAGGACAAUAUGGUGUACAUUUGGAAUCUCCAGACAAAGGAAAUAGUGCAGAAGCUACAAGGACAUACAGAUGUAGUGCUUUGCACAACAUGUCAUCCAACAGAAAAUAUUAUUGCUUCAGCAGCACUAGAAAAUGACAAGACAAUUAAAUUAUGGAAAAGUGAUAUUUAAGUUGUUUUAUUUCCUAUUAUUGAGAUAAUGAUUGUAAUUGUUCAUGGUGAUUAUUAAUUGUACUGACAAUCAGCUCAAGUCGUCGACUGUGCAUUCAGUAUUAGUUUCAGUCAUUUGUUUUAUAUUAAAUGUAAUCAGUGCCUAAGAUUUGCUGGACAAACAAUAAUAUUUAUAGAGUAAAUGGCCUUUAUAAGGAGAAUUUUUUGAAGUUUCAGUAAUUCUCAAACAUCUGACAACUGUGUUACAGGGAUCCUUCGUAUAUAUAGAGAAUAAAGUUACAUUUAACCUGUAUAUAAGUUACUCUUCAGCCGAAAAGUUCCAAUUCUACAGUACUUUCUUUGUUUCAUUGUAUAUUAUGUAAUGUAAAACUUAAAAAUCAAUAAUAAUAUUGAAAUAACACUUUAUUUCAUUGUCCAUUAUUUUUGGAUUCAUUCUAAAUCACCACACAACAAUACAUUGAAAAAUUAUUCCAGAAUUAAUUUAGUCUGUGGAAAACAAUUAUGUUGUGAUUGUUUGUCCUCUAUUUAUUCCAGCAGUUCCAAAUAAUUUGGCAAUAGUAGUUCGGCUGGUAUGAUCAUGUAAUAUCUUAUGUAUUUUUAAAUGUAAGAAAAAUGGCUGAUGGAAUGUAAGAGUGCGCAGUUACAUUGCAGUGACUGAUGAUGAUUACUAGAUUUUAAAUUGCCCUAUACAAAAUUUUUACUGUAAGACUGUGGUAUGUUAUAUUUUUAAUUAACUGCAUUUUGUAGCCAUAAUGCUGACUUUGUCUGCAAGAAUGUUUUGAUUGUAUGUACUAUCAUGAAAGAAAAGAAAUCAAAGAUGGAAUGUAGUGUUAAUGACUUAUCAGAUACUGAUAAUGGAUGAUUAUCAUAAUAAAAAUUUGUUAGCCUUAUGCCUUCACAAGUGAAGGAGAACAAUGUUAAUGAAAUAUUUGUGAAAUAGUUUGUGUUACUGAAGAGACAUAAUACAUGUACUGCAAGUUUGUUAGCUUUGUCUACAUCUCUUUCUACAUGUAAGACAUUCUGGUUCCAAAUCUCUAAGGAGUCAUAGUAAUAAGUUACUGUUGAUGAUACAAGUUUAAAUUUCUGGCUGUAAUGUAGUGCAGUUGGUAGUCAGACAUGUUACACAGCCAAACAGUAAUUUGAAACUAAAUGUAUGACUCUUAGAGAAAAGUUUUUCUGAUAACUUGGUUAUUUGCUUGCCAGAAAUUUAGACAGUGAAAUAGUGUCCAAUAAUAUGGAAAAUUAAUGAAAUGUAAAUAAUUAAAUGGAACUAUGUGGAAUAAACAUUGUCGGUACAGUAAACCCCAA